ACAAGCAAGCAGUUAAUAACCAUGAUGUCUUAGAUACGUUAAGUUCCUGCCCGGUAACCUGUCUUCCCUUUACGUCGUCUGGUCAGUUUCUGUUAUUUUCUAUAGCCAAUACCCCCGGAAGUGUCCAAUGGGAAGAUAACUCUGUACAUAAUACAGCAGAGAGACACACAGAAUGGAACAAGCGAGGUGAUGGAGGUGGCAGGAUCGGCAACGUCCUAUGACCUGCUGGUCGGGGAAGACCGGGAGUAUAGCAUUACUUUGAGAGGAGGAACACAGGUCGGCAUGUCAGGAGAGUCGAAUCCUAUUGUGAUUCCUGCUUAUAACAAAGUGCCCCACCCCUCGGACAUCGUGGUGGAGGCAGACAGCUCAACCCUGUACAUCGCCUGGGGGGUCCCGCUAGGGUCACAGGACCCCCACCAGGGGAGGGUCACAGGCUACACCCUGUACUACUGCAAUGGGUCCAAGAUCACCUCGAAAUGUGAAGAUACCACCCAUUGGCAUCCAUUUGCAUCUGAUGUCAGACACUAUGAACUGAAAGUACAGGAUGGUAACCUUGACAACAAGAUGAUCGGCGUAUCAGCGGAGAUGGAGACAGCCAAUCGGAAUGUCAGCAGUGGACUCAGAUGGAAUACAUGUGUGUAUAGGAGGAAUCUCGUACCGCCAUCGCCACGUGGAGUCGUUUUCUCCCGCCACCAGCCGGACAACGCCUUGAGCGUGGAGUGGACCAAGUUUGUCUGUGCCGAGACUCCCAUCUAUGUCAGCUAUUAUGUGGUGUCUCACUGUAUCACCAACAACCAUGGCGGAUGUGCAGGUCUGUCAGUGCAGGUCAAUGUGUCCACCACAAAGGAAAGUCAGGUCAUCCAGGGCCUGUCAGCAGGAGUGAGGUACAGGGUGACACUCCGAGCUGUGUCCAGGUCAGGGGACGGGCCAGAGAGUGAACCCAUCACCAGAGUUGUUGUUAAUAGUGAUUUGACUUCAAGGCAGAUUGCAGGCAUAUCUCUUGGUGGAAUCUUUUCUUGCAUUGUGUUUGUUUUGUUUGUCAACUGCUGCAUAAGGAAACUGCACAAGACGUACAACAGUAUGACUUUAGAAAUCAAGCUGCCACCAUUGACAGAGGUCGACGAGAAUGAACAACACAUCAUAAGGGAAACUGUUACCAUGGAAACUCAUAAUGAGAAACUGAGAAAGGGUACACAAACAUCAACCAUUGAGAAAAAGCCAAAUAACAAUGAAAACACAUUGACACGUGUCGAGAAAGUGAAUCCCCAAACAUCCCUGAUGUCUGGGCAUGACAUGUCUGAAAAGCCUAAGACAAAUCUAGAAACUGCCCAAAUCCCACAGGAUGAUCUGAAACCUCUGUGUAAGCUUGUUGACACCCCAUGUUCAGGAAGAGAGUGUGACCAGGUGAAGACAUCACUGCAGAAUAAAACAGAUACAUCCAGCAGCCUGGCGGACAACUGUCUGAAGUUUGCUCUGUUCGGCAACUCAGAAUCCACCAGACAGGAUGCUGGCAGUAAUUACAUUACAAGGGACAAACUGUCACUCCUGCUAGGAAAGACCACUCCAUCUCCUUGUGAUGCCCCAUUUGACGAGUCUUCCUAUUCCUCGGGGCAGGACACAGCAUCAAGCCCUCCUCCUCCAUAUGAACCACCUCGAUCUCCUGAUGACCAGAAGUUGGAGACCCCCCCACCAACCUACAGCUACUAUGUCUCAUUAUCCCAGGCAGAUUUCCCAUCGGCUCCCAAAGAGAUGUUUCCAUCAUGCACCAACUCUCAUCCCCUCUCAACAUUGUUGGAACAUCAGUCACCCUCUUCCUCUCCUAGUGAUGUCCCCAACGACCAAACUCAGCCUCAUGGAGAAUCUAUAGGUCCCCAAGGACUCAACAUAGCCCCAAAACUUCAAAGUGAAACUGACAGUCCAUACAUCCCUUUGGACAAAGUUCCACCACCUCCACCACCUGAGGAACAGAAGACAGUUUCACCUCCUGCUGGUGGAUAUGUGUCUGUGCCAGAUGCCUCACAGCAUCAGUCACCCUCUCACUUUCCUAGUGAUGUGUCCUUUGACCAAUCUCAGUCUGACGAAAGUGGCAGCUGGUCCUCGAGGACACAACAUAGCCCACAAACCUCCAUGUGAAAGUCAUGCCACAGACGGCUCAUACAUCCCUUUGGACAAAGUUCAGCCACCUCCACCACCUGUGGAACAGAAGACCGUUUCACCUUCUGCUGAUGGGUACGUGUCUGUAUCAGAUGCCUGACAGAUGAUGAUGAUGUACAAACCUGGAUUAGAAAAUCAGCAUUAUCGGGAAAAUGCUGUAAACUAGAUAUAAAUGGCACCUGGAAUUGAAAAUCCAAAAGAUCAUUGCAAAGCAAAAGAAUCAGGAACUAUUGUCAAAUUGGGUGUGAUGGCUGUUUGACCAAAAUACACCAUGUAUAUGCCAAGUUAUCACAAAGUCAGCAUCAUGAUAACAUGUUUACCUAUUUGAAGAAUGAGACGUUUUAGAAUGAGAGAAUUAACAAUAUAACUGUCACAUUUGACCAGACCAUUUUCAAUCUCAUUCAAAUCAGACCUUAGUUCUCGCUACCGCUAAACAAAGAUCUAAGGACAUCCCAUUACGGGUCAUGUCAGACCGACCU